AUGGAAAAUAAAAACGUUUGUAUCGCUUGUUUAGCGUCCGAUACGAGACUGCACGACAUGUAUCGAUACGGCUUAGUAGAAAUAUAUGAGGAUAUCACAACUAUUCAAAUAACUGCAGACGAAAGUAAUUAUCAGCACUAUUUGUGCAGCGUUUGCGCCACACAGCUCAUGAAGUGUGCUACCUUCAAAGAGAAAUGCCACAGGGCUCAACGCUUAAUGAACAUGUUAGGUUCGUUACCAAUUCAAGAAGUCGACAGAGAAACAUACCACUUGAAUACACCCCUCGCCAUACACACCUUGCAUUCUAUGUCUCUGUCCACCCAAGUGGAUUACAUCAAGGAAGAAUAUGAUAAUGUGGAGAAUUGUGCAUAUCUGGAUGAUUUUAAAGUUAUGUCACCAAUAAACGAAGAGACGAUAGAAACAGAGGACUUAAAAGAAGAAAUAGACAGUAAAUCCUACGACAAUGUGAAGUUGUUUGAGGAAGACAUCCAUGUCAUGAUGCUGUCCGAAGAGGAGCAACUAGCCGAGAUCCAACGUAGGAAAGAAAGCGUCAACUACAAGUGCUCUUUAUACAAAUGCGAGAAAUGCUAUAAGGGUUUCAUGACCGAUGUCACAUACACCAAUCACAUGAUAAGGCACGAUCCGUGCAGCGGCGCGCACGAGUGCGGCAUAUGCGGCAUCCGGCGCGCGUCGGUCCGCGAGCUGCGCCUGCACGCCGCCUCCGCGCACGAGCGGCACUUCCUGUGCGCGCACUGCUCGCACGUCACGCGCUCGCUGCACCGCGCCCGCGAGCACCGCGCCUCGCACGGCGGAUGUCGCUUCCGCUGCGAACGGUGCGGCUCGAGCUUCAAAGCGUCGACCACGUAUUUGUCUCAUAUGAGAUUGAGACACCCGACUCAUGAUAGGUGCCCGCUGUGCCACAAGCGGUUCCUAGGACGGCUCGGCCUCAAGAUGCACAUGAAGAGGGCGCACGGAGAAUGCAAGAAGAGUCUCGAGGAGCACGUGUGCGACGGCUGCGACGUCAACUUCAACAGCGAGGACGCCCUCGAGCGACACCGCUCCGUGCUCAGCGACGUCUCCUGUCAGGACCUGAGAUCGUGCGCGGAAUGUGGGUUCGGUUUCCAGACUGAGGAGCUGCUGCAGGAGCACGUGGACUCCGUGCACGCCGUGGACGAGACUGCCAAGUGCAGCAAGUGCGACAAGAACUUUGCGAACAAGCGGACGCUGUCGAAGCACAUCCAGCGGUACCACCUCGGCAACCUGCGCGCCGUGCGCCCCGCCGAGACCGAGUACGUCUGCGAGAUGUGCGGCACCAGGUGCUCGUCGGCGGUGUCGCUGCUCAACCACCAGAGGACCCACACCGGGGAGAAGCCCUACCAGUGCCCGGACUGUCCGAAGAGGUUCAGCGUGUCGCAGGGGCUCCGGAUCCACAUCCGGACGCACACGGGCGAGAGACCGUUCAAGUGCACCAACUGUCCCAAGGCGUUCAAGAACAAGGCGGCGCUGAACCGACACAACCGGGUGCACACCGGCGUGCGUCCGUACGCGUGCCCGCACUGCCUGAAGGCGUUCUCCCAGUCCAACUCGAUGAAGCUGCACGUGUCGACCGUCCACCUCAAGAUGCCGGCGCCCUAUCGCAACAGAAGGAAGAACAACAGCAGCUAGGGACUGCCGUGGAAUCCCUAGUCCACCGAACUAUCGGCGCGGGCUUCGGUCCAGUUCCGGGGCGCAGCGAUACGCACCUCGUAAUUUAUGAGCUCCAACAGCCGCAUCAGGUCGGGGAACGUGAGCAUUUAUGAGUCCCCGAAGAAAAUUGGCGAAAGGUUUUGAAAUUAAGUGACAGAAUAAGCAGUGCCCCAUGUCAGUCGCGGAGGGUAGAGUGAAACGACUUCGCGUGACGAGUGUCUGUGCAAUCGUGUGUCGGUGAGAUGGCGCUGGUGUAGCAAAAUACCCGAAUUUUAAUAAAACCAUCAAGUAUUGUAUU